CCAGGCACCGGCAAUUUCUACGCACGCGGCUCCUAGGCGUAAUAGAGCUGGACUAGACGUUUGUUUCCUGAUCCCGCGCUGUAUUGAUAUUGCGCGCGUCACCUUUUAAUUUUUUGUAUAGUGUGCGAUGUGUGGAUGUGCACCCAUUCACUUCCAGUAACUGUUGCACAAUGGGAGUACACUCAGUCAGUCUGGUAGCUGGUAGCAGUCAAAGAACCUGUAGCAAAACUAGUACAAUUACAGGAUAGCAUUAAGCCCACUUUGUAGGUUACUUUAAUAACUUACUGCUGUUUAGUCAAAACAAAAGUACGUAAAAAAGUUAUAUUCCAUCGUUUACACAGCUCAGAAACCCAAAAGGUUUGGGGCCCGAAGAAAUCCCUGCUUGAAAACAUUGAUACCUCUUUUAUUUAACCGAGCAGCUUUGUAAUUGAUUGUCUUUUUGGGCAAACAUUCCCUCAAACAUAGUGAAGUGGAUAAUUGUUAAGAGAAACAAAUCUAUCCUGCAAAAUGGUUUCAACAACUCUAGCCACCAUAACACUGGCCAGCACCUUAGUUGUCAUGACCCAAGGUCCACUGACACCCUACAUGUGGCUGCUUAUUGUUGGCUUCAUCAUCGCUUUUAUCCUGGCCUUCUCUGUGGGAGCCAACGAUGUUGCCAACUCGUUUGGUACCGCGGUAGGCUCAGGAGUGGUCACUUUGCGUCAGGCCUGCAUCCUGGCCUCCAUCUUUGAGACGGUGGGCUCUGUGCUCCUGGGGGCCAAGGUGAGCGAGACAAUCCGUACGGGCAUCAUCGACGUGGGCAUGUACAACGGUUCCGAACACGUGCUUAUGGCUGGAUCUGUCAGUGCCAUGUUUGGUUCUGCUGUGUGGCAGUUGGCUGCUUCUUUCCUCAAACUUCCCAUCUCUGGAACUCACUGCAUCGUUGGUGCUACCAUUGGUUUCUCUUUGGUUGCCAGAGGCCAGCAGGGUGUCCGGUGGAUGGAACUUCUCAGGAUUGUUGCCUCCUGGUUUCUGUCUCCCUUACUGUCUGGCAUCAUGUCAGGCAUUGUCUUCUACCUAAUCCGCAUGUUCAUCUUACACAAGAAAGACCCUGUUCCCAAUGGACUGAAGGCUCUGCCUGUCUUCUACGCUGUCACCAUGGGAACCAACGUGUUCUCCAUCAUGUUCUCUGGUGCACCGAUGCUGGGCUUUGACAAGGUCCGUUGGUGGGGAACGCUGCUCAUCUCUCUGGGCUUGGCGGCGCUGACUGCUGUAAUGGUCUGGUUUGUUGUCUGCCCUCGACUCAAGAAGAAAAUUGAACGGGAAAACAAGUCUUCCAGCCCCUCGGAAAGCCCUCUAAUGGAGAAGAGGGAGCUGAGGGAGGCCCACAGUCCUAUUCUGAAGCCUGUCCCUGAGGAGACCUCCACUCCCUCCUCACCGUCUGCUGCCACCACCCAGACCUCCCCCGUGCAGCCCCAGCCUCCCACAGAAGAGCCACGCAGGGUUACCUUUGACAUCGGAGAUUCUGACGACGUCGACAACAAGGACGGCACGGACACCGACAGCUGCAACACUAACGGUGUCCCUAAACAGGUCCAGUCCACUAACCAAGUCCAGCUUAAUAACCAAGUCCAGUUCAGCAAUGGGCCUGCCCAUGUCCCAAGCAACGGUUACAGCCAGUAUCACACGGUUCACAAGGACUCGGGACUCUACAAGGAGCUGCUCCACAAGCUGCACCUGGCCAAGGUUGGAGACUGCAUGGGCGAGGGUGGCGACCGACCAAUCAGACGCAACAACAGCUACACAUCCUACACCAUGGCCAUCAUCGGCAUGCAUGGAGACUUUCGGCACAAGGAAGGUGAAUUCCGUGCUACCGAGGAUGGGGACAAGGGCACGGGUGCAGGCCAGGAAAGGAAGCGCAUCCGGAUGGACAGCUACACAAGCUACUGCAACGCUGUGGCAGUGCACGGCACGCCCGAUGGCCUGGGGGAGGGAGAGGUGACCCUGGAGAUGUGCGAGGAGGACGCAGGUAGCAGUCGCGGUUCCCUGGAGGACGAUGGGCUAGAGGCAGACAGGCCAGAAGUUUCCACGCUUUUCCAGUUCCUCCAGAUCCUUACCGCCUGCUUUGGCUCCUUCGCCCACGGAGGCAACGAUGUCAGUAAUGCCAUCGGACCCUUGGUGGCGCUGUGGCUGGUGUACCAGAGUGGAUCUGUGUAUUCCAAUGCCCCCACCCCUACCUGGCUGCUGCUGUAUGGAGGUGUGGGCAUCUGCACUGGUCUCUGGGUGUGGGGUCGCAGAGUGAUCCAGACCAUGGGCAAGGACCUCACCCCCAUCACCCCCUCAAGUGGUUUCAGCAUAGAACUGGCCUCAGCUCUGACUGUUGUGGUUGCUUCUAACAUUGGUCUGCCUGUGUCCACCACCCACUGUAAGGUGGGCUCGGUGGUGGCAGUUGGCUGGCUCCGCUCUAAAAAGGCUGUGGACUGGCGUUUAUUCCGGAACAUCUUCGUGGCCUGGUUUGUGACCGUGCCCAUCUCCGGUCUGAUCAGCGCUGGCAUCAUGGCCAUCUUCACCUACGGCAUCCUGACAUGAGACUGCAGGCUGCCCCUACAACGGGGAAAAGAGUAUGUCUAGGCACACGAGGAGGGAGGGGAAAGGAGGCAAACUGAAGUGAAUCAUCAACUGUCUUCCAAGCCAACACAUCAGAAGAAAAAGGAAAAAAGAAAAUGUUUCAUAGGGGCGGGGUUGAAAGUUGUUGUGUUAUAGGCCUAUGGUUUUUGGCUGCAUCAUUCCCAACCAUAAAUUGAUGGUUGUACCGUUUGCAUCAGAUCUCUUCCAAAAUGAGCGUUUGUUUUCCUUUUUUAUUUAUAUUUUGUGCUUCUGAUCCUGUACAUAGCCAAACUUAAAUGUACUCAACCAAAUGUUGUGUUGCUGAGCUCCAUAACCUUUUUUGUGUAAUUAUGUACAUACAAUCAUCUCUUUCGUGUUUAGUGUUUUUGUUCUUUUACAAUUUAGGAAAACAAAACAAGUAAAAUGCAGUAUUAGUGUUUGUUACAGAUGUAUUUGUCCAGUCAUAAAUUACAUGCUGAAAUUAAUCUAGAACAGGCAGUAUUUUUUGUGUGUGUGACCAUUGUUUAAAGAAUGUGAGGGGUUUGUCACUAAUCAACUCAUUAGUGGUAUUACUCUUCACCUUGUAACCCCCCCCCACUCCUAUGUACAGGGAGGCAUUGUUUCUCAUGUAAUUUACAGAUGGAAUUGAGUUGGAGGUUUAACGAUCGGAUAAUAUAGACAUAUAGACUGGACUAAAUCAUCUUGUCCUCCACUCAACUACUCGUGCUUACUGUUCUAAUGAUCAACUUUAGUUUCGUUUUUUUAUUCUUGAUUUACUGAAGUUGAUGAAUUUAGUUGUAUUUAUUAGUUAGUUAAAAGUUAAAAUGGCAGUUUACUACACUCCCUAAUUUAAUGAAAAGAUGGGUUCGGUGUCGUUGCUGUAAGAUGCUGUAAGGCAUUGCUGGUGUUACUUAGGAACUUACCACCUCAUCUGACAGUUGAACUGCCAUAAAUAAUUGGAAAAUGUAUUUUUAUUUAUAUGGAAAUCACAAAAAUGGUUUGAUGCCUUUUGUGUACCUCUUUCAUAUCUCAUCAGAAUCUUAAAACGCACACUCUAGAUAAUUGAAAGAACCAACUUUUUUCUGUAUGUAAAUUGUCACAUUUUUGCUGGAGAAUGUGUUGGCUAAUGCAAAAAGACAAACACUUAAGACCUUCAAAAAAGUUUCCUGUUAAACUUGAUUGCUUCAUAAUAGAUUUUAUACUGCGUUUUUUUUCUGCGGAAGUUGUAAAUGCUACUUAAUUUCCUUGUAAUCCUGCUCUGUGGAAUGUACGCAAUUGCAUAGACAUGGAUGCUUUUACUAAUCCCACCCACCGACCGUCAGUAGUUGUAUGUCUGUUUUUGAUAAGGUUGUCGUAAAAAAGGCAGUGAUAGCCUAACCUUGUGUUUUGGACCAGUGUGGUGUAGAGUAGACUACUCAGUCGGUUAAAAUUCGAGUAAUAACUGGGGCUGCAGUACUACGCUUACAUAGAUGCUGGCAGUAGUAGUCUACUGCUAAGGUAGUUGCCUUAAUAUUUCCCUUAGGUACCAAAGAUAAGACUUGGAGGUUUGUUAUGCACAGACUGCGCACAUAUGCUCUUUAGUCUGCACUUAGUCUGGACGUGGGAAGUGAACAAUAAAUACAAAUUGAAACUA